GAUAACACAAAAAUUAAGGUACAGCACAACCAGGGAGGCAAUGAGCCCUUCAGCUGACAGAAAUCCUAAUAGGUUCCUAUGCAUGACCCCGCCUACCCCGGGGGAAAAGUCGUAGGCACAAAUCCUAUUUCCAGGAUAAAACUUGUAUUCGGCAGCAACUCCGAAGAAAGGAAAGAUCAGCUGAAGUAAUGUAAGACACAGUGUGGCAACCAUGAACACGUGAAUUGAAGAGCUUGAGACAUGGGCUCUGUAAUAUAGCGGCUUUAUGGUGGCCAAAUAUCUACAUCCUGCUAGAAUAAUGACAACCCAAGCCGACCAAAUCAUCAUGGACGUCGCAAACCAGCCGAGGACGUUACAUAGAUUUCGCCCCAUGAGACAUCCACAUUUUAUCCAUCCCCCGAUCCACAUAACGGAAUACAGGAGUGCUGUUACAAAGUCAUUGAUGGCCAGAACUAUAACACAGUUCUUAGAGCACGACAUACGAAGAGAGAUGCGAAAACCAAUUGCAAACAGAACAACAGACCAAAGUCGUGACCGUGCUCCUUUAAAACGGCCAUAAAUGACCGUUUCUGACAGGCAAGAGCCGCUAGAAUAUGUGGCAUCAUUAUGGAAUCUGGAUUUUUAUAUCAUUUCGGAUUUAUCAAGCUUGCACAUACAUUGAUCAUGGCAGUUAUCGAAAAGGAUCGAGUUCAAAUCUUCUAUACAGUACUUCUGGAACGCUAGAAUUUUGCAAAAUGGAAUGUUCAUCGAAUCCGUCGUGUAAAGGUUUCGGGAGGAUGUCGGGGAAUUGUUAUUUCUCAAGCUCUUCUGUUCCAAUGUCAACAACAUGUUCUGGAUGCUCUUUCUACACUAAAGACAACUGUGACACUACAACGGAAACAGCCAUGUCAUCUACAGUUCCGGUAUUCCAGUAUACCACUCUGCAACCGGCAGCAACCACAAAUUCAAUACAGAAUGGGACGGGACAGGCGCUCUGUGUGUGCUCAUGCAGUCAAAACGGCACCAUCCCAACAGCGACUCUGGCACCACACGAAAGUCUUGUAAUAGACAAGAAGGGGUUGUCGUCCUACAGAAACUCUAGGAUUUGCAUUGCUGACAACCGACCUUCCGCCGUAGCUCUUGGCUCCCUAGGGGUCGGAAUUAUCGUGUUGUUUGCUUUGCUUAUUGUGCUCCCGGACGCUGUAAGGCUCCUACGGUUUAUUGUGAACAAAUGUUGAUUAUUUAGAAUAAAGUGAUCUGCAUAUCCGAUUGAGAAUAUUCAUUACAUAUAAUGCAAACAAAUACAAACGUAGUCUUCUUAAUAAGUAAUAACACCGUAAUACAAAAGUAGUUUAAAUAUAUAUCGCAGCGGUGUACUGACGUGAGAAAAACAUUGUUGUAACAGAUUGCCAUUGCUGCUUGAUUAGAACUAAACAUAAGAAUUGUUAAAUGAAAUAGACACAAUCUUUGCUUUUAAACGAAAUCAAUUAUUUUUAUAGACAUGUUCAAAAUGAAUAAUUCAUUCAAUGUAGGUUUUUUAGUUUUAAAGUAAAGAAAGACUCGAUGAUUUUGCAAGACUUACAUAUUAU